UUUACCUCUGUGCAACCCCGAAGAUAGAAAGCUCCGUUCCCCCUAGCGUUCAGUCUCAGCUGGCUCGAAACUUCACUAGUGUGAGGGAAGAGAACCAGAUAUGGCGGCUGUGAUCGGUUCGAUGGAGUUUCUUGUCACGCAGAUCAUGCUGGUGCUUCAGCAGGCGGUAGACGGGUUCGGGUUCAGUCCGACCGAGGAGCAACUGAUUAAUCACUUGAAGUCGGAAGAACCUGGAUGGAGAGGAGGUUUCUGCGUCAUUCCGACUCUAGAAAACAUCAACGACCUUGAUCCAUGGGAUUUGCCAGCCAGGUUCUUGGAGAAAUCGGUCAUACCGUCCAAUGAUCGAGAAUGGUGGUUCAUCUGUCCACAGACGCCGAAGGCCCGGAUUACCAGGAAAACACCAUGUGGGUAUUCUUGGAAGCUCACCGGUGCUCGUACAAGUAUCAACAGUGGUGGCCAAGUGAAGGGUCACAAGAGAAUAUUAACCUUCCAGAAUGGCAAGGGCGACUGGAUCAUCCAUGAGUAUCAUCUAAUCGAUGAAGGUGGAACCAAGCCGAGUAGAAAUAAUGUUCUGUGUCACUUAAUGCAUAAACAAGAUGAAAAGGCUGACAAUUCAACUGCAAGAUCAGAGCAUGAAGCCAUCACCUCAGAGGAUGUUGAGCAAUUGCUUAAUGAGAUACAGCCUAUGAACCCAGAAGGGAUGGAAUCACCGGGACUGUACACUUUUUCUUUGCCUCGCCUCCUGAAUCUGCUUCAGCGUGAGCUAGAAUCCUUCUCCACACAUCAGUUUACGAAUAAUGGGGGUCCACGUGUGCCAAAUGCAGAUCUUUCCUAUGCCAACGUUCAGAAUGGUGAAGGGCCUGAUAAAUCUAUUGAAUUGAAAUGGGCUGACUCAUUGAUUAAUGAAAAUCCCUCUGACACCGAAGUUCAGACGGGUGAAGAACCAAGGUUAGAAAAGGUUCAGCAGGAAACUGCAGCCAGAAAUAUCGAACCAUGCAUAUCUUCGGAUGAAGCAGCAGCCAGAGCAAAGAAUGGUCAAAUAUCCACGAUGAAGGAUUGCCCUAGUAAACUCGAACCACUCGAUUGUGCUGCUUCUCUUGAGGAAACAGAAGGCAUCAAACAGAGUACAUUCAACAACUCACAUCUUUCGGAGAAUUGCCGAUUUUCCCCAUCUUUGGAUGAUGCAGCACAAGCAAAGAAUGGCCAAAUAUCUACAAUGAAGGAUUGCCGUAGUAAACUCGAACCACUCGAUUGGGUUGCUUCUCUUGAGGAAACAGAAGGCGUCAAACAGAGUUCAUUCAACAGCUCACAUCUUUCGGAGAAUCGCCGAUUUUCCCGAUCUUUGGAAGACGCAGCACAAGCAAAGGGACUAGAACACGAAGAGCACAAGUUAGCUGGUAAUUCACCCAAGAGGAGGAGAUUGGAGGUGUCAGAUUAGAAUCAAAUUCACUGACUGCGUUAACCAGAUCAACGACCAAGGGCACAUAAAGUUUCACCAGCAUUAUCUUGUGAACUUGCUCUUCCGUUGAUCACUACUGUUAAGGAUAUAAAUGCAGUUAGGAGAUUUUUGUUUGAUUCUAACAUAUGUUAAUUUAUAUCUGACUAGUUCAUAUAGUACUUGUAAAGCUUACAAAUAAGCUCACGUAUUAUUCUUCAACAUA